UACUUUCUUUUCUCGUUGACGCGUAGACAGUAGCUUCCAUCGUAUUCAUUGGGUUCUCUUUCACUUGGUAUACCGCACAUCGUACACACAACACUUUUUCAUAGUCAACUCUGUCGUCUUCUGUUUCAGUCGGAAUUAUUUAUUGAAUAAAAGUGUAAAAUGGCAAAAUCAGUAAAAACAUCAUCUGGAUUUACAAAAGAAGAAGAGCUUCUUCUCAACGAUUUCAGCCGAAAUGUUAGCACAAAAUCUUCGGCACUUUUCUGUAAUGCAUUAAUCGUAUCGGCAAUUCCAAUCUGGCUCUAUUGGAGAAUUCACCAAAUUGACCUGAUUUCGGCAUUGAUCUUCUUCGUUGCAAUUACCGCUUUGAGCACCUAUCUAAUGGCGAUGGCUUAUAGAAACACAAAAUUUGCAUUGAAACACAAAGUUGCUUUGAAACGCGAAGAAGCUGUCACCCGUGAAGUUGCUAAGCAAUUGUCCGAAGAUAAAAAGACCAGCCGUAAGGAGAAAGAUGAACGCACACUCUGGAAAAAGAAUGAAGUCGCCGACUACGAAGCCACCACUUUCUCCAUCUUUUACAAUAACGCUUUGUUCUUGGCUAUCGUUAUUUUCGUCAGCUUCUACAUCUUCAGAACCACAUCACCACUUGCUAAUUACAUUUUGACUGUCAUCGGUUCAAGCGGACUAUUGGCUUUGUUGUCAACGAGCAAGCAGACAUAAAUGUGUUUCAUUAGAAUAUUUAUUCAACGAAAUUAUGCGGAACUUGAAAGAAAAUGUAGUAAAGCAGCUACAGCUCUUGGUGAGAAAGAUUUGGGGGAGUUUAGCAGCUUUGUUUCUUGCUUGAUAAUGACAGUGACCUCAAUUUAUGGACGAAAAACAUAUUCCGAUGUAACGAUUCGAUUAAAUGAAAAAACUAUACCGCACAGAAAUUCGUUCUAAAUGCUGGAUCCGAGGUAUGGGGCGAGGAAGAAUUGACCGACAUAAACGUAUUAGUUUAAUGAAUACUUUAUUGGGAAGUCACAGCGAGUUUUAUGGCGAAAUAUAAAUUUUCUAAUGUAAAUAAUUCAAUUUGCUAUUCACUUGAUUUGGAGCGACCUGGAAUCAGAUAUCGGCAAUGCGCUUAAAAAUUAAAUGAUCUUAAAAAAAAACGUGGAAGUACAAAUUCCAUUAAAUAAACAUUCGAAUGGAAAUGGAUUUGAUCUUUUGAUGGUGUUCGUUUUUUUUCUUCUUAAUCU